AUGCCUUAUAGAAUGCCCAUCCAUGGCACAGCAAAUGCGCCCAAGUUUGACGGCACUACAGACAACCUCACCGAGUUCAUUGACGCAUAUGAGCAACUCGCUGAUGAAGCAGGACUCCAAGGACUCAAUCGCAUCAAAGGUAUUAUCCGCUACCUUGAAUGCGAUGAUCGAGAACUAUGGGGCGGAAUGCCCGAGGUGCAAGUAAGCAAUUACGAUGCCUUCUUAGAUGAGGUGAAGCAAUUACAUGAAAAGCUACAAACAUUGGGACACUUUUUUGAGCCACUGUACCUGCGCGCAUUCAGGAAAGUUAUGCAGCCACUCAUAGAUGAAGAUCGUAUUGGAAAGGCCGAACACGACCACUUAUUCAUGGAAGGAAUCCCUAGCGAUGCUCAGGCGCAAAUUCGCUUGUGCCUUAUGAUCAAGUUCCCUGACCACCACCCAUACAACCCAUACCCAUUCAUGGAUGUUUUCGCAGCUGCGCAGUUCCUAUUACCUGCGCACACUUUUCCCGCACCAAGCGCGCCAGCUAUUCAAACAUAUUACUACGAGAGAAUUGACUCUGACUCUGAGAAAUCAGAUAAAGAAGCUGAGCCAGAUGUGGAGGAUGAACCUGUUGUGACAGUGGAGGAAAGAAAAGCACUUGCACGUCCCCAAACUGCACUAUCUUACAAGAAAGAAUGUAAUGAGUGGGAUGUCGCCCAGAAGUUAUUCAAGCAGGAGAUUGAUGACUUCAACAAGGCAGAGAGGGUGAGGAAAGAAUUGGAUGACUCUAUCAAGCAUAGGAUGGGUCAUGCCAGAGAGUGGUUUAAGAAGAUGACGGCUAAGCAAGAGAAAGAGAAGGAUAAUCUCAAGAAAAAGCUUGAAGAAAUUUCGGAGGAACUAUGCCGCACCAUGGGUUGCCGAGUUGUAAUGCUAGUCAGUCACAAGAAGAAGACUGAUAAGUCCUUGGCUGUUACCUUACAUGAAUCUAAACUGCAGAGUGUCAAGAAAAAAUUUUCUGUCAGCUCUGACAGUAUCAAGGAGUGGUCUUCAACAGAUCCUACAGACAAAGAUCAGGAUGAUUUAGAGAUAGAUGAUUCAGACAAGGCUGAGGCCGAACCAGAACUUAUAUUGGAUGAAGAAGGCUAUGCAAAGCUCCCAUCUCGUAAGGGUGUGGCUCUCAGGGGACAACAGGAUUUGAUUAGAAACAUUUUUUUCGCUUCAUAUAAGGUCUUCACCAAGACCAAUAGACCUGUGCCUUGGCGACAGAUUGUUGCUAAUGCCCCUCACUAUCUGGAGGCUACUUGUGUUCCCGAGACAUUGGUGGUGAGAGAUCCUUCGCACAUGAGGUUAGAGGAUGUAAUUUCUCUCUGGCACCAUUGGGAGAGCCAAAGCCUUGCAAAGAAGAAGCUGGUCAUUUUUAUAAAUGCAAAGAAGGGUGAUAAGAUGAUGAAGGUAGCUGACAAAGAAGAAAAGAAGAGAAAGACGAAGGACUAUGUAGAAGUUCUUUCUUCUGACGAAGUAGAGAAGGCCUCAGCAUGGAUGACAACUACCUUGAAUUGGUGGACACCACUCGUGAUUUGGCAAAAUCCUCUGAAUAGAUGUGACUGGCCCUCUUGGGCUAAAUGGUCCUGGAGGCAUGAUUAUCUUCCGAAGGACAUUCAUGAAUCUCGGAAGAUGCUGGAAGCCAGCCUGAACAAACUUAGGACUGCCAAUAUUUCCAAUGACACAUCGGCCAUCUCUGUGGUGUUAGGAUUGGUGGGCAUCAUUGAGUUGCAUAUGAGGGAUAGGUAUCUACAGAACGAGGAAGAUGAAAAUACAGAAGGCAAGCAAGAGAUGGAGCAGGAGAAGGACACUGAGGUGGUGGUGGUGGAGGAGGAGGAGGAGGAGGAGGAGGUUGAAGUGAAGCAGACUGGGAAGAAGAGAUCAAGAACCCAAGUCCCCUCUCGAAACUCCAAAAGGGCUAAGACUGAGCCUAAGGUUUCUUCAAACAAGUUCAAGAAGCCAGUUAAGGCUAAGCCUGCAAUGUGA